AUGCGUUUUGGAGGUGAACGUAUACGAAUAUAUUUAACAUGUCUUGCUUUACUAUUAUCCAUUUUUACAAAAAUAUCUGUUGAUCUUUAUUCCGGCGCUAUUUUUCUCCAGCAAGCACUCAAUUGGAAUCUUUAUGUAUCAGUUAUUGUUCUUAUUCUUCUAGCUGCCUUUUUUACUAUUGGAGGUGGUUUAACAGCUGUUAUUUGGACAGAUUUUAUUCAAACAGUAAUUAUGAUUAUUGCUGCUGUUAUACUUAUGAUAAUUAGUUUUUCAAGAGUCGGUGGUCUUCAACAAAUACGAAAUCUUUUUCCGUAUGCUAUUGCUAAUACAACAUUACAUAGUACUACGCAAUGUGGCGUUCCAAAUGAAAAUUAUUUUUCAUUGAUUCGUCCAUUUGAUGCUGAUUUACCAUGGUUUGGGUUAUUGUUUGGCAUUACCAUUGUAUCUAUAUGGUAUUGGAGUUGUGAUCAAGUUAUUGUUCAACGAACAUUAGCAGCAAAAAAUAUUUCACAUGCAAGGGCAGGUUGCCUGGUUGCAGGUCUUUUAAAAUUUUUACCAUUAUUUCUUAUGGUAUUUCCUGGAAUGGCUGCACGAAUACUUUUUCCAGAUGAAAUUGGUUGCAGUGAUCCAGAUACAUGCUAUCAAGUUUGCCAUAGUCGAAAUGGUUGUAACGAUGUAGCCUAUCCACUUCUUGUUAUUCGUUUAAUGCCAAAUGCCAUUCGUGGUUUGACAUUAGCAUGUAUGAUUGCUGCUCUAAUGUCAUCGUUAACAUCAAUAUUUAAUUCGAGUUCGACUAUUUUUACUAUUGAUAUUUGGCAACGUUUUCGUAAAAAUGCACAUGAUUGGGAAUUAAUGAUUGUUGGCCGAGUUUUUGUGAUGAUUCUUGUGAUUUUUUCAAUUCUUUGGAUUCCAAUUAUUCGAGCAGCACAAGGUUCUCGAUUAUUUGAUUAUAUUCAAGCUGUUUCAGCAUUUUUAGCUCCACCUGUUACUGCUUGCUACUUACUUGGUAUAUUAUGGAAACGAACUAAUGAAGAAGGAGCUUUCUGGGGUCUUAUAUCUGGUUUAUUUGUUGGUAUGAUUCGUUUCAUAUGGGAAUAUUCUUAUACAGCAAUGCCGUGUCAAAUUGCACAUUUGGAUCAACGUCCAUCAAUAAUUCGAUUUCAUUUUUUAUAUUUUUCUGUUGUGCUUUUCUUCAUAUCUGCUAUUGUUACUAUCAUUGUCAGUCUUCUUACAAAACCUAUUCCAAACAAAUAUAUAUCCGGUUUAAUUAUAUUCGAUCUUGAUAAUCCUAUUAAACCAAUUCAAAUUCCAACUCGCUCUGGUUGGAUGCAAAAAGCAAAUACAUAUUAUGAUGAAGAACAAUCAUAUGUAGUUGAAAAUUCAUUACAGCAUCAGACAGAAAUACCUCAAACUGAAACAGAAAAUAAAACAUUUGAGUUUUUUGAUACACAGAAUUCUACAGGAAUAAUAUUAUAUUUAAAACUUGCCUUGUCUUGGAUAUGUGGUUUAGAAAAAACCGAUGAACUUGACGUACAAUCAGUACGUUCGGAUAAUCAAUCAUGUGAUAACACAUGUCGUAGAGGAAGUAUAUGUAUGAUGCGUGAACCAAAUAUUUCUUCAUGGCAUACUCAAUGUUCUUAUGCUGCUAUUAUGCUUCUGUCUUUAUGUCUUUUCGCAUUCGCAUUCUUUACUGAUUAUCGAAUAAGAUUAAAUUAG